AUGGCAGCCGCGACCGCCUCUCCAGUAGGAGAAGCCCGCCAGCCCGCUAUCAAGCGCCUCAUCAACCCCAACACCGUCAACGCUCUUACAGCCGAACAACUCACCACCCAGCGCAACGCGCUCCUCCUCGCCCAAUCCGAAACCGCCCGCGAAGCUAUCCUCUUCCCCAACGCCCCCAACGCCGCAAAUGACACCUUCCAAUUCAUCAACAACACCGUAACUCCCCCAACCGGCGGCUCCAUCUUCCUCUCCACCGUGAACAACUUCCCCGCCCUCGCCUCCACCGGCCUCGCCGCCGCCGUCGGCUUCGUCAACCCCUGCGGCCUCAACACCCCGCACUGGCACCCUCGCUCCAACGAAUUCCUCACCGUCGUCCAAGGCAAACUCCUCGGCGCCAUCCUCCUCGAAAACGACUCAGGUUUCGGCCACGUCGUCGGCGGCGCACCCCCCAUUAUCGGUCCCUACACGCAAAUCGAAACCACCCUCUCCAACUACACCGGCAUGCUCUUCCCCAAGGGUCUCGUCCACUGGCAAUUCAACCCAGAAUGCGAACCUGCCGUCUUCGUCGCCGGUUUCGACAACGCCGACCCCGGUCGCGUCGAAGCUGCACGUGGUUUCUUCUCCGCGACACCCGACGAGGUGCUCGAGGCAAGUGCGGGAUACUCUGAGUUCUUGACUCCUCAGCAGAUUGCGGGACUCAGGCCCACGCUUACGAGUGAUUUCACCGAGAUUGUGGAGAGUUGUGCGAAGAGGUGCGGUAUCCCGUACAAGGCUGAGACUAGUUCGUCUGCUUCUCAUCCUUCGGGUACGCAGUCGGCGUAUCCUGCGGCUUCUAGUGCGUACUAA